UAGACCCACGUCGUGUGCGUAUGACGUCACUCGGUUCCUCGUCGUCCCUGCUCGGUGAUCGGAGCCGUUAGCUCGAAGCUAACCAGUCGUGUUUCUUUAUUCUUCUCCGCUCCGAGGACUCGGUUAUCACAGAGUCUGUUCCGGUGUCUGGAUCUACGGGAUUUAUUCACCGCACGUUUCCCCCCGACGCCGCUUUUCUCUCCGGAGAAAACCCUGAGCCAUGUACAAUGGGAUUGGCCUGACGACUCCGAGGGGCAGUGGCACCAAUGGCUAUGUGCAGCGCAACUUGUCGAGCCUGCGCGUUAAGCGACCGCGGGAUGAGCGCGGUGGUGAUCGUGACGAGAAGGACCGGGAGAGGCUGGAGAGUCAGCUCAACAGGCAGCCCAAUGCUGACAUCCUGGAGCACCAACGGAAGAGGCAGCUGGAGGUCAAGUGUGCUGAGUUACAGGACAUGAUGGAGGAGCAAGGGUACUCUGCUGAGGAGAUAGAGGAGAAGGUGAACAGUUUCCGAAUGAUGCUGCAGGAGAAACAGGAGCCGGCUCCUGCCACCACCGAGAGACCAACGGCGACGGAGACUCAUGCCCUGGCUGCAGCCAACCAGCAGAAGAACGACCGUCUCCGUGCCGCGUUUGGUAUCUCCAGCGACUACGUGGAUGGGUCGUCCUUCCAUGCCGACCGCAAAGAGAGAGAGAAGGAGAAGAGAGAACAGGACCGCCUGGAGCGAGAGAAGCUGCAGCAACAGAAAUAUACGUUGGUGGAAGAUUCAGACGACUCCGAUUCUCCUCCCAAGAAGCGCAGUCGGAAGAAGAAGAAGAAAAACAAGAACAGAGACGGCUCAGAGAGUCCGUCCCCGUCUCCUCGCAGAGAGAAGAAGAAAUCUAGGAAGAAGAAGAAGAAGCGUGAGGUGUCAGAAGAGAGUGAAGAAGACAGCUCCUCGGAGGAGAAACAGAAGGUGUCAAAGAAGAAAGGAAAGAAGAGUGAAAGUUCCAGUCCUGCAAAAACAAAGGCGGUGCGAGGCAGUAGUGUUUCCUCCGACUCUUCUCACAGUCAGUCUCCAGCUCCAGUGAGGUCACGUCCACCGGAACAAUCUGCAAGAAAAGAUGACGAUGGAAGACAGGACAGAUCUCCAGGCAGGAGGAGACGGGGCCACGACGAGCUUCCACAUCGUCAGGGAAGAGAAACGAGGCCGAAUCCUGAGCGAGAGCGACCGAGUGAGAUGGAGAAGACCUCCGCCAAGAGGAGACACGACUCCUUGUCCCCGUCUCCACCGCCACCUGCUGAUAAAAGCUGGGAAAGGGAGAAAGGGAGGCGCUCCAGAAGCAGAGAGAUGCAGAGGAGGAGGCGCUCAAAGAGCAUAGAAAAAAGAGAGAGAGGGAGGCGAUCCAGAAGCAGAGAGAUGGACAAAGAGAGAGAGAAUGAAAGGGAGAAAGGGAGGACCAGAGAAAAGAACAAAGGAAAGGAGAGUGUUCCUCAGAGGAGCAAACAUGAUUCCUCCUCAUCUCCUUCUCCACCACCUAAACAGGAGACCAGAAGUGGAAGGAGCAGAGACACUGAGCGUGAAAAAGACAGGAGUAAACUGGACAAAAAGACCAGACAUGUCUCCUUGUCUCCUUCACCUCCUCCUGAGAAGGAGAGAGCGAGGAGGGAGAGGAGUGGAGAGAGGGAGCGCAGGACUGAGAGAGAUUUACACCCGAGGGCUCCAAAUGAAAGGGACAACAGGAAAGACACUGGGAGGAGACAAGAGAGGGAGGUGUCUCCUCGCCAACAGAAACAUGACAGGAGAAGGGAUGGACAUCCGUCUCGCGAUUCCGUGUCACCCGCCUCUCGCUCACCUGUCUCCAGUGGGGGUCAAAAAGAGAGGGAGAGCGAGAGGAGAAGAGAAAAAGACAUGGAGAGGGAGAGGCAUCUGAACAAGCAGGGAGAACAAGACAGAGAGCGCGGCCAAGAAGACGGCAGGAAAAGAGAGGAGGUGGUCCGACCAUCUGCAGGAAGCAGACAAGAUUUCAGACCUGCGGAAAAAAACACGAGCGAAAAAGCAGACGCCAUCGAACGUCAGGAGAAGACGAGGAGCCCGCCGAGAAAAGAGAAACAAGACGACAAGGCAAAACAGGCUGAGAACAGAAAAGAGAGCUCCAGCAGCAGUAGUGGCAGCAGCAGCAGCAGCAGUGGCAGUGACAGCGACAGCUCCUCAUCUUCAUCUUCAUCCUCCUCCUCCUCCUCCUCUGAGGAUGAAGGCAAGCUGAAGAAGGCGGCGGGGAGGGAAAAGGCCAGUCCCGUGAAAAGUGCCCCAGCUGCCAUUGGAGCUGCAGUUCAUAGAUAUUUAACCAACGGAAGAAAAGAAAGUUCUGCUUCUGCUUCUGAGGGCGACACCCUCAGACGACAAGAUGGAGGAGACAGACGCGAGAGGGAAAGACCUCCUCACAGAUCUCCUGCGGACAACUAUCCGCCCCAGCCCAAAGGUCAGGAGCGAUACAGCCCCACACAGGAGGACAGUCCCAGCCCACCUCCCUCCCCACCCAACAGAGCGGACCACAGCAGGGGCAGCAGGUACGCCGAGGCCGACAAAAACAGGCUGGAGGCCAAAGUGGGGGAAAGGGAUAGAGGGAGGGACAGGGGCACAGCCAGAAGGGCCGCAAGACUGAGCCCCCCAACCAGGAGGUCACGCUCUCCGCCCAAGAAAACAGCCACCACCUCCCCGGCCCGUCGCACUCCACCAAGGCAGUACCAGGAGGCCCCUUCCCGAUCCAGGAGAGCCUCCCCACCUCCGGCCUGGUCAGACCGAGAGAGAGAGAGGCAGAGGGACAGAGAGCGAGAGAGGGACAGAGAGCGAGAGAGGGACAGAGAGAGAGAGAAGGACAGAGAACGUGAGCGGGCCGCAAGACGGAGCAGAUCCAGAAGCCAGAGGAGACGCAGCCCCCCCAACAGAUCCCGUCAUUCUCCUUCACCACAGCGGCGGAGGAGGAGCAGUCGCUCCCUCUCCAGGGAACGAGGGAGAGAAAGAGAAAACGAGCGGAUUAGACAGAGGGAGGUGGAACAAGAGAGAGAAAGAGAGAAGAUGCAAGUGCAGCCAAAAGAUGUUCCCCAGUCUGGCAGGUCCUCUUCCUCCUCAUCUUCCUCUGGCUCCUCCUCUUCCUCGUCUUCUUCACCGCCUCGCGAGAGUAAAGACACAAAAAUAUCAGCAGAGAAAGACAGAAGAAGAGAGGAUGACAGGAAAGAGGACAGAGAGCAGAAAAGUCGUUCUUCCUCUUCACAGGGUCCCUCCAGAGACUCAUCCCACGCCCCACCCUCAGGUAGAGGAGGCUCCCAGUCGGACUCGCGUCGCUCCGACGUGACCUCCAGAAGGUCUCCGGCCAGCAGCCAAUCAGACGCCAAGCGGUCGACACCAGGUCCGACCAGGAAGCAGUCGCCACCGGCUGCCACUCGACCAUCAGACCAAACGGUCAGAAAAGAGAGCGCGGUGAACGGCAAGGAGACAAAUGCAAAUAAGAAAAGCAACAAAAGCAGCAGCUCCAGCUCGUCUUCUUCCUCCUCCUCUUCCUCCUCGUCUUCAUCCUCCUCUUCAGACAGUUCUGACUCUGAGGAGGAGCAAGGAAAAGGGAAAACAACCAAAGCUCCGAGUAGUUCCUCCUCCUCCUCCUCCGGCGAUGAAAAGGAAACAAAGAACAAGAGUCCUGUCAGGCCUCAGCGGAUCCCGGCUGAUUCACUGAGAGAUUCUCGCUCCCUCAGUUAUUCUCCUCCGAGAUUCAUCCGAGCGGCGCCGUCCUCACCGUCCCGCAGAAGUGGCAGGCGACAGUCGCCAAGUCGCUCGUCAACCAGCAGACGAAGGAAAUGAGCUGACGCCCCCAGAGACUGGUCCCCUCUUCUUCUGUGGUGUUUCUGCAUCUACCUGCGACGAGUCUGAACAUCAUGGACUUCACAGACGUCAGACGAUGCACGUGUGAAAUGUUCUCUGGACUUGAUUUGGUUCUGAGCCGCUACACGUGGAUCACCAGUGUGAUGCAGGGCCAGUCUGUACAUUUAUUCUUAUGAGCUGAGAAAAGUUAACACAUGAAAACAGCUGAGUUAAAGUAACAAUGUCCCUCUGUACUGUUUAUUGUGUUCUACCUGUAGAUAUGAGCUGUCUGUAUUUUGGUUAUUAACAUGUACCAGAUUCGUGAUUUCCAUUUAAUGUGAGCAGAAACUGAAUUGUGGUUAAUUUCUUUGUUGAAAAAUGGUUGAUAAUAACAAUAAAAAGGCAAUUGUACAUUUUA